UGUGUUUUCUUAUCAAAGAAAAAGAUGAAAAUUCAUACGAUUUCUCUUCUCUUAGCAAUUGUCACGAUUUUUAGUGUUACACAUUCAGCAUUAGGUACGGUUGUUUCUCAUGAUGGUCGCGCUCUUCUCAUCAAUGGAGAGCGUAGGAUCAUACUCUCGGGUUCCAUCCAUUAUCCUCGAAGUACUCCUGAGAUGUGGCCGGAUUUAAUCAGAAAAUCGAAAGAGGGAGGUCUCGAUGCCAUCGAAACAUACGUGUUUUGGAACGCACAUGAACCAGUUCGAAGGCAGUACGAUUUCACUGGCAGAAACGACCUUAUAAGGUUUCUAAAGACCAUUAAAGAUGCUGGACUAUAUGCUAUUCUUCGUAUUGGUCCAUACGCUUGUGCUGAAUGGAAUUACGGAGGGUUUCCCGUAUGGUUGCACAACUUGCCUGGGAUCCAGCUUCGAACUGAUAACAAAGUGUUUAUGGAUGAAAUGCAAAAUUUCACAACAUUGAUAGUUGAUAUGGUGAAAAAGGAGAACCUUUUAGCCCCUGAAGGUGGCCCGAUUAUCCUAACCCAGAUUGAGAACGAAUAUGGCAAUGUUAUGGAUCCUUAUGGAGAUGCCGGAAAAAGAUACAUCAAUUGGUGUGCAAAGAUGGCCGUAGCUCAAAACGUUGGAGUCCCAUGGAUUAUGUGCCAACAAAGUGAUGCACCCCAACCAAUGAUUAAUACUUGCAAUGGAUGGUAUUGUCACGAUUUCACUCCAAACAAUCCCAACAGUCCCAAGAUAUGGACCGAAAAUUGGACCGGCUGGUUCAAAAAUUGGGGAGGUAAACUUCCACACAGGACUGCUGAAGACGUUGCUUAUGCAGUUGCACGCUUCUUCCAAACAGGAGGCACUGUACAAAAUUAUUAUAUGUACCAUGGUGGAACAAACUUUGGAAGAACUACCGGUGGUCCGUAUAUUACUACGAGCUACGACUAUGAUGCACCCCUCGAUGAAUACGGAAAUUUGAAUCAACCUAAGUGGGGCCAUCUCAAGGAACUUCAUGCAGUGUUGCACUCAAUUGAAAAAGUUCUCACUUAUGGAGAUAUUACCAAAACUGAUUUGGGCAACAAUGUUACGGUGACAACUUACAAGACUAGAGUGAUCUGGAGUUGUUUUAUUAACAACGAUAACACAUCCAAUGAUGCAACAAUAACAUACAACGGCAAAAACUUUACCAUUCCUGCUUGGUCCGUUAGUAUCCUUCCCGAUUGCAAGAAUGAAGUGUACAAUACUGCUAAGGUGAAUACACAAACUAACAUCGUGGCGAAGAUACCUAAUGGAGCUGAAAAAGAACCAAGUGCUCUUACUUGGAGUUGGACGCAUGAAAGAAUUGGUAAGUUUGCCAAAGGCGGUAAAGGUGACUUUGCCAGGGAUGUUCUCCUUGAACAAAAGGCGGUUACUAACGACUCCAGUGACUACUUGUGGUACAUUACGACUUUCCACCUUGAGAAAAAUGAUGCACUUUUGAACAAUGACGAUGUGAAGCUUAAUAUCAAUUCAAGCGCCCAUGUUCUACAUGUUUAUGUUAAUGGCCACGAACUUGGAUACGAAUAUGUUAACACUUCUGCCUACGUCUACACUUUUGAGAAGAAGGUCAAAUUGAGAAGUGGGAAGAACAUAAUUGCACUCCUUAGCGCCACAGUUGGACUUAAGAACUAUGGUUCAUUUUACGACUUGACACCAGUUGGAAUAACCGGUCCAGUGAAGUUAGUCGGAAAGCAAGGGGCUGUGCUCAAGGACUUAUCUAAUCAUGCUUGGACGUACCAUACUGGUUUGCAAGGCCUCGAUAAUGAUCAUCUCUACAGUGAAAAAUCGCUCUAUGUCAAUAAGUGGAGGAGUAGCCAUGGCAUGCCCAUUAACACUCGAAUGAUAUGGUACAAGACAACGUUCAAGCCACCAUUGGGAACAGACCCCGUUGUGGUGGACUUAAGCGGCAUGGGCAAGGGAGCCGCUUGGGUGAACGGAUUGAGCAUUGGAAGGUAUUGGCCUAGUUAUGUAUCGGAUAAUGACGGUUGUACGCUCGAACCUUGUGACUACCGCGGCCAAUAUGAUAACAACAAGUGCCUCACCAAUUGCGGGAAACCCAUCCAAACAGAGUACCAUGUACCACGGUCUUUCCUAAGGGGUGACGUGAACACCCUUGUUCUAUUCGAGGAACUCGGAGGGAACCCAACACGAGUUAACUUCAAAACCGUCCGUGCAGGAGGAGCUUGCGCGAAUGCAUACGAGGGAAAUUUACUAGCGUUGUCGUGUGAAGGCAGGGCAAUUUCUGGUAUAAAAUUCGCUAGUUUUGGUGCACCUCAAGGAAUUUGUGGCUCUUUUCAGAAAGGUUCUUGCGAAAGUGCCAAUGAUGCUAAGAGCAUCCUUACUAAGGCUUGCGUUGGCAAAGAGUUUUGUCUAGUGGAUGUCUCUGAGAAGACUUUUGGUGCGGCUUCAAGUUGUGGAGACAAAACCAAGAGACUUGCCGUGGAGCUCGUUUGUUAAUUAUAGUUUUAGCCAAUUAUUUUUUAGGAGUUAUGAGUUAUUCUUUAAGAAAUUAUGAGUACGAUCCAUAAUAUUUACUUUCAUUAUUGUUAUUAGAGAUAUUAGCGGGAUAGUUAUAUAUUUAUAAAAUGUUAUUGUCUUUUAUUUAACAUAAAAAUCAAGCUUAUUUUCGUUAAUUUCUCGAUUUGUUAUAUUAACGAUGCUUUCCUAUACCCUUGAGUACAAGCGAUUAC